GUUUAUUUGCUCCAAUAGAAAGACGUUUGCAAAUAAGGUUAGAGUAAACAAGGGAGCGGGGUGACUGACACAUGUUUCCAAUGAUUGCGAGCAUGUGGUGCUUCAUUAUUUCUUCAUUCUGUCCUCUCACUCCGCAGAGACAACAUGAGGCUCUGGGUCUUCCUGCUGCUGGCUCUGAUCGCUCUGACUUUAGCUGCUGAUGAGUCGUGUAUGAGUCGCUGUGAGAAUGGCUUUGACUCAACGAAGACAUGCCAGUGUGACUCAAUGUGCAAAUAUUACAACAGCUGCUGCUCUGACUUCGAGGUCUUCUGCGGCUCGACGACUCGCGGGGACACGUUCGUGUUUGCGGAAGAUGAUGAUGAUGAUAGUGGGCUUCUUGAAAGCACCACUCCCACUCCCUCUUCCUCGCAUCAACGCUCAUCCCAUAGUCAGUCCAUCACUGCUAACAAUCGAAAGCUGAAGCCCACCAAGCAGCCCAUCUCAGACUUUGGUCACAGACAACAGGAACCACAUGAAACCACUCUAGAAAUGACCAGACCCCCUCGACUGAUGGAUGCCAUACUUCAGAAAACCCCUAUAACAUGGAAAGCACCCAUGGAGACUACACGGAUGGCUAGUGAUCCUCCUGUGACAGAGGCAGCAGCUGAGACCACCACCGGCCCCGUCACAACAGCCACCACUGAAGCUCCUGACCCAGAUGCUGUGGUCUGCAGUGGGAGGCCAUUCGAUUCCUUCAUGCAACAAAAAAAUGGCUCAAUAUAUGCCUUCAGAGGGGAUUACUUUUUUGAACUGGACAAAAAGACCGUUCUUCCUGGUUAUCCAAAGCUCAUAAAGGACGUGUGGGGCAUCAGCGGGCCUAUUGAUGCUGCCUUCACUCGUGUCAACUGUAAAGGGAAGACCUACAUCUUUAAGGGAAACAAAUACUGGAGGUUUGAUAACGGUGUUCUUGAUGAAGACUAUCCUCGAGAUAUCAGCGUGGGCUUUGACAAAAUUCCCGAUCAUGUGGACGCAGCGUUUGCUCUGCCGGCUCCUGGUCACAAUGGAAGGGAGAAGGUCUAUUUUUUCAAAGGGGAUCAAUAUCACACGUACGAGUUUUUGCACCAGCCAUCCCAUGAGGAGUGCAUCACCAUGUCAGAGAGCUCUCCGUCCAUAAUGUUCAGACGCUACACUGACGUAUACUACAACAACUAUGAGCGUGUCUUCAGCGAGCUCUUUUCUAGCUUGCCUCAGCACCACGACAAACACCACUUCAUUGACAAGGACUGGAAGGGCCUCAAGUCUCCAGUGGAUGCUGUCAUGGCUGGCAGGAUGUACGUCCCUCCUGUGAGGCCUGCGCAACGCCGCAAUUACUACCAGCCUGAGCAGCAGUGGAACCAGCAGAACCAGCAGUACGGACAGAAUUACCAGCAGUAUGGACAGCAGUAUGGACAGCAGUGGGGUCAUAGGAGGCAGAGCCGUUCACCCUACUGGGGCUCCACGGCUGACGGGAUGAACAUGGGCCAGGGCUUUGCAGACAGGGGGAUGGACAUGGGUCUGAGGUUGGCCGAGAGAGGGAUAGAGAUGGAAGAGAGACUGGGACGAAACUGGAACAGAAGAUGGGAUCAAGACUGGGACCAGGACAGACGGAGAGGCGGAAACCGGCAGAACAACAGAGGCAACCAAGACUCCCGGAACGUCGGGUCUGUCUCCAGGAGUCUACCCAUACAGAGCGUCUACUUCUUCAGAGGAGAGUCGUACUACAGAGUGGACCUGAAGACCAAGAGAGUGGACCCAGCCUCGCCUCCGUAUCCCAGAUCUAUCGCCAAGUUCUGGCUCGGCUGUUCAGACACCUCCGGGGCAGAGAAGUAGUUGCAAACAUUUGAGUUAUUUUAAUAUGACCAUUAGGACUGCAUUUGUAUAUAACUGAUUAUUCAUUUCCCCUGAAACUGGCAGUGUUGGCUUCUUGUAAAAUGUGACACAAAACGAACUGCUUGUCAACUUUAGCAAACAUUGGAGAUCAAUGAGGGUCCACACUGCUGCUCUCCACCGUUGUUGUGUGUUAGCAUGUCCAAAGUUCAAUUGGUGGAUUAAGGUUAUCUCAUCUGUUGUCAAAAUCAGUUGACCGAAUUAGUUAAACAACUAUAUUGAAAAUAAACUCUAUUUGGAAAGCCAGAAGAGAUUGGAUACUAGCACUCUGAAGAAGCACAGUUCUGUUCCCAUGUCUUAUAAUAUUCAAGGAGUUUGUUAGGUUCAUUCAAAAACUAACACAGAUGGUAAUUCAGGGACUUUUUUUUUUAAAUCAUGUAUCUACACAUGUUUAUUUUCCACUUUUUAAUCUUAAGCAUACAGUAAAUAACACAAUAUAAACAGGGUUGAUGAGACUUUUCAUCCACCAAGGGUUCAUAACAGUGGUACACAGAUUUCCCCCUGAGUAAUUAAAAGGAAAAUCCCUAAAAUGCAAUAAUGUGGUUUUACCUAACAGCAGCAUCGUGGAACUGCAAAGGUUAGGGAGCAGCCGCAGAUUGGACUUUGACCGUAGGUUGUAGAAAACAUUCUUACAAUUAUACUUUUCUGAUAUAAGGGCUAGUGUUAUAGGGCAACAUAUAAUACCACAUUAUACUACAGAGACAAAGCAACCUUGUUUACUUGAGGCGUUUUUUCCUUGAUGUUUGAACAACGUAUUUUGUUACUGAUUCAGAGUCACAUUUGAUCAGCAUAUUCACAACCUGUUACAUCUGUUCCAACAUGUACUAUAACAAAUAAAAAUGUUAUAUUUAAAAUGUU